CUCUGCAUUCCACGUCCUUGUCGAUAUCGCUCACUAGAUCUACUCUCAAAAGGCUUCACAGGCUGGAAGACUAAGAGUUGUAGUCAUAGAUGGCACUCUCAGUUUCACGGGCUAUGUCAAAUGGUGUAGUGAUAACAGUGCCUAUUCUGGUUCUCUCUGCUUCAGUGGUUGCUGUUUUUCUGUUCUUCCUAUUGUCUUCUCUCUCUUCUUGCUCCUGCCCUCCACCUUCAGACACCACUGUUUCCAAUGCUAGAAGUGUUGAUGUUGGUGUGUCUGAGUCUAGCAGCAGUGGUAGUUUUUCUUUAUUGACAAGGAAGGAGGAUGUUGAGUGGGUGAAAGGUCAAAUCCGAGCAAAUGGGCUUCAUAUGCAUGACAAUGUGCUUCGCAAAGGUAUUAAUCCUCGCACUAGGGCUCAGCAACUUGAGGAUCUUAGACAAUUCAAGGGCAUAUCACACUAUGAGGGACCUGAAUCAAAUAAUCACACAGCCUUGUCAUGCCCUGGGGAACUCCUAGUUGAAGAGCACCAUAGCAACUAUGGUGAACCUUGGGCAGGUGGAAGGGAUGUGUUUGAGUUUCUUGCUCAUACCACUCAACUCAGACCAGACUCACAGGUGCUGGAGAUAGGUUGCGGAACUCUUCGAGUUGGUUUGCAUUUCAUUCGAUAUUUGAAUCCUGAACACUUUCAUUGUCUCGAAAGGGAUGAACUCUCUCUGAUGGCUGCAUUUAGGUAUGAGCUUCCUGCUCAAGGCCUCUUACACAAAAGACCUUUGAUAGUUAAGGGGGAUGACAUGGAUUUCAGUAAGUUUGGUUCUGGCAUAAUGUAUGAUUUGAUUUAUGCUAGUGCUGUAUUUCUUCAUAUGCCGGAUAAACUCGUAUGGAUUGGACUGGAAAGACUAGCAUCUAAAUUGAAACCUUAUGAUGGACGAAUCUUUGUAUCACAUAAUAUAAAGUUCUGUUCACGGUUGGGAGGAGAGGAAUGCACAAAGAGGCUUAUGAGUUUGGGGCUUGAGUUUCUUGGGAAGCAUACACAUGAUAGCCUGCUAUUCAAUCACUAUGAGAUAUGGUUUGAGUUUAGACGGUCAAAAGCUUAAGGUCUGGAUUGAUUCUGUAAAGAAGCAUGAGAAAUAGCUCCUAAUGGCCCCAAUGCACUAAAUGUGUCUUGCUCAUUGCAACAAAUCUUCAGCAACUCAAUGAUAUUCUUGCUUCGAGUCCAGAGAUGUGGCAGUUUUUCUACUCAGUGGUUCAUCAACUCAUGCCAGAAAUCUGUAUACACUUUUGACACUUUUAAAGAGAGAAGGAUCAUAAUUUUGAUAUAGGACUCAUCAAAGGCAAGGAGAUUUGUACUAUUUUUUGGGGUCCUAUUGUAAAAGG